CAGGUCCGGCUACACGAGAUGGCGGAUUGAUGAACCCGAUAGAGUCGGAAGUACGUACCCAUGAUGCAUCACUGAUUGGCAACAUGGCGGACGUGAUUGAAAGUGAAUCUGCGGAAGCAUUGCUGUCCAUAAAAAAUGGUGGAUAUCCAACCAUUGAUGAAAUCAAGACUGAGAUAAUUGAAGAUGAUACAAUGGAUAUGGAUGAACAUAAUUUGAAUCACUCGGAUCAACAAAUGGAUACAGAGGAGUCAGAACCGAUACCGGAGCUAGGACCUGCAGCUUUAGGUUUGCAAAGGGUAGGCACUCAGCCACCUUCCAAACCCAAUCCACCUACACAACCAGUACAGGUAUUGAAUCGUAGAGGGAUGCCAGCGAGAAUUAGGAAAAAGAACAAGUUGUUCUAUGAUGACAUCUUGAUUAAUCAUCCACAUCACAGAAUCAAGAAGGAUCCUUCGGCUAUAGAUACAAAACAAUCCCCCAAAAAGAUGAUGCGACCGUCGCCAGUGAAGAGGCAGACUAAGAUGUCGACCACACCAAAAAGUACAAGUUCAUCUUCGCAAUCGCAACCAACAACUCCUGUAACAACUCCAAUCAAACAAGAGAAGGAGCCUGAGAAACUGUCACAACUUACAUCGCCGGAUCGUAAAAUAGGACAGAAAAUUGGUAUGAGACUGAGAAACUUGUUAAAGCUACCGAAGGCGCAUAAAUGGGUCUGUUACGAGUGGUUUUACAGCAAUAUAGAUAAGGUGUUAUUUGAGGGCGAUAAUGACUUCAUGAUAUGCUUGAAAGAGUCAUUUCCGCAAUUGAAAAGUCGCAAACUCACGCGCGUGGAAUGGUGCAAAAUUAGAAGAAUGAUGGGGAAGCCGCGAAGAUGUUCGCAGUCGUUUUUCGAGGAGGAAAGACGUGAACUGGAGAGGAAGAGGCAGAAAAUACGGAUGUUGCAGCAGAGGAAGACGGCGGACAUAAGCAGUUUCAAGGAUCUGCCACCAGAAAUACCAUUGCAAUUAGUAAUCGGUACGAAAGUGACGGCAAGAUUAAGGAAACCGCAGGAUGGUUUAUUCACUGGAAGCAUCGACGCUGUCGAUACUAGUAAUAAUACUUACAGAAUUACGUUUGAGAGAGCUGGACUUGGAACACACAGUGUCCCUGAUUACGAAGUUUUGUCGAAUGAACCACCGGAAACGAUCAGCUUGACAUCAUUCUCCCAAAAGUUCAGACCACGGCCUUUGCAAUAUGCACCUUCUUCAUCACCAUACAUGAUGAAGUUAUCUCCGCGAUUGACCAAUGAUCCUUUAAUAUCGAACGCAUCUGUCUCCAUUCCGAAAAAGACGAAUACCGGUGGUACAGUGAAUGGCUUUCCACUCAAAUUACUUGAACUUAUGGUCAAAGUGAAUAAGAUAUUAACAACCAAGAAGAAUAAAAUCAAGAAAUUGAAGGAAAUGAACGGAGAAGCUGAGAAGAGACGUUCCUUAGGUGAAUCGCUUCCUCCCGAUUUUGAAAAAAAAUAUGCAGGAAUUAUUGUUGAGUUGGAGAGAAUGAAUGGAGCUCUCCAAGACUUUUUGAACGAGAUACAAGAACUGUGUCAAGAAAUGGCGCCUGAACCUAGUGUGGCAGCGAUGUUGGCACCGUCACAUCUCCGAGAGAAAUGCAAACAAGAAGCGGCAGAUAUGGUCGCUAAAAAUAACGUAAUGAAUGAUAAAGAACCAGGAAAAAUGAAUCAAUUGGUAACUGAUUUGACUGCGUUGAUGUUACAAGUGAAAAGCUUAUCAGAUUCCGAUCGAAACGCAUACGAACUCAAAGUACUACAAGGUACCAUAGAGCAGAUAAGAUCGAAACUCAGUCCUCAGAAUCAGCAAGUGUUUCAAAACUGCGUUGAAAUUCACAUGCAACAUAUUCAAGUAGGCCUAGGACAGAUGGGUCCUCUUACGCCGUUUAUGGCGCAGAGAGUUUAAAGAUCAAACAAGAACUCGUAUAUUCUCACCAAGUGUAUAAUACAGUAUAACAGACGAUCAUGCAUCACGAUAUUUUUAGAAAGCAAGAAACUAACCCUGUAUUUUCUCAUCUUGUAUAGACUACAUUAAUAAUAUAUUGCCAUGUAAAGUGCACGUCUACACAAUAUACAUAUAGGAUUUAAGCUAUUAAUAUACAUUUUGUAUAUACAGAAUAUAUCAGUUCUUCAGUUUUUUUAACGACACAUUCAUGAGAUACUGACCUAGUUUACAUCGUGCUUGAUACGCAUACUAACUAGUUCACUCUUAAAUUAUUUUAAUUUCAGCAAUGUAAUUUAAAGAAUGAUAUACUAAAUUGAUUAUUGAUUAUGGUCAUGUGUAUCGCCGAAAUUAAGAUAAUUUAAUAAAAAAACUAGUUAGCAUCUGUAUCAAGUGCGUGAUGUAAACUAGGCCACUAAGAGGAAAAUUUGUGUACUGUUGGAUAAUGUUACUGAACAUAUUGAAUAUUUAAGAAUGUUCUUUUUUCAGAAUUUUAUGUACUGUAUGCAAGGACUUGGACCGAAAAAUUUCGGUCCGAGGCUAAAUCCAACUUUUGGUUCCAUUCUUUUACUGUAACGGUUAUUGAGUCCAUUUAAAUUUUAAUCUUUUUCGAUUUCAAUAAUUGUACACCCAUAACGGUCACCAUUAUCACUAAAAGAAUUGGAAUCAACCUCGAAACCGAAAGCUGCGUAGCCUUGGACUAUGAUUAUAACAUUCUGAAAUUUUAAAUCAUAAUGUAAAUUUAGACUGAGUCCCUGAAUGUAUUAUUUGAUUAGGCAUAAAUAUAAAUGACAAUUUACUGUCAAGUCAAUUGCGAUAGUAUAUGUGCGAAUAGUAAAAU